GGUCACUGACAGCACAGCCCCGCCUACACAGUCACUCCUUUUAAAAGACACACCAAGCAGAGGGAGCUGAAGUUACACUGACUGCUCCUUUAAACACACACAUCUGCAGACAGACUGCAGUGAGGUCAGCUGACUCUGACAGGACACUUUUAGGCAGCACUGACUCUUCUUUAACUAGAUCCAAAGAAAAAAAUUUGGGGAUUUUUUUGUCAUCAGAGGAACUUUUUGGGGUCUCCUCUCGUCUUCAUCUCCUUGUUUUGUUUGAGGGAACUUCCUGCAGGAACGAUGGAUCUGUCAGACCUUCCCUUCCCUCUCUCCUCCGCCGAUGACCUCUACGAUGACCCCUGCUUCAGCACUGGCGACAUGAACCUCUUCGAUGACCUGGACAGCCGGCUUAUGCAUGCUGGCUUGCUUAAGUCAGAGGACCAUCUUCAUCUUCAUCAUGUUCCUAAUGCAGAGGAGGAAGAUGAGCAUGUGCGGGCCCCGGGGGGCCUCCACCAGACGGGGCACUGCCUACUCUGGGCCUGCAAAGCAUGCAAGAGAAAGACAACACAUGAAGACCGGAGGAAGGCAGCUACAAUGCGGGAGAGGCGGCGGCUCGGUAAGGUGAACGACGCCUUUGAAACCUUGAAGCGCUGCACAGCGUCCAACCCAAACCAGCGUCUGCCCAAAGUGGACAUCCUGAGGAACGCCAUUAGCUACAUCGAGUCUCUGCAGGCACUGCUGAGGACGGGCCGAGACGACAGCUUCUACCCCCCAAUGGAGCACUACAGCGGGGACUCAGAUGCCUCAAGCCCCCGAUCCAACUGCUCCGAUGGCACGAUGGAUUUCAUCUCUUCGUGUUCGACCAAAAGUGAAAACAGUGACAGCUCCUACUGCAGCCGGACAAACGAUUCCUGCAAACAGUCGCUCAUUUCCAGUUUGGAUUGUUUGUCGAGCAUCGUGGAGCGCAUCAGCACAGAUCCAGCGGUGGCCCCCCAGGGCGACAGCGUGGUCCCCCUGGGCCCCGCAUCUCCUCUGAACAGCCUUGCAGGCUCCAGUCCGAACAGUAUCUAUGAGCCGCUCUGAGCCUGACAAAGCCAUGGACUUAAAAUCACAACAGAUGAACCCAAAGAGAGACUCAUAAAACUCUGGUCGCUUUCUUCAGACUGCUGCUUCAGUUUGGAUUCUCCAGCCUGCUGAUUUUUCUUUAUGUCAGCAAACUUAGUUUCUGCUGCAGACGCCAUCACUGAGGACCAUUUUGUACAUUUGUAAAUAUGAGCUGUUUUUCUGUAUGCACACACACCAAGCAUACACAAAGGGUGCUGGGAUUGAUGUGCCAUUUGUUUUCAUAUAUUAUUUAUGAGUGAAUGUCGUUUUAAUAAAUAUUUAUAUCUUCUUA